UUUGUAAUACAGCCGCGUGCGCCGUACAGACCGAGAGCUCCCACUUCCUGGAGCUCCCAAUAAGCCGCUUUUGCUCCGAGGGGGGGCAGAAAACAAAAACAACACGAACAACAUGGAGGCGACGAGUUAAAGUUCGUGUGUAAUGGGUGGAAGGACGUGUGGCACAAAAAUAAUAACAAUAACAAUAAAGCCAAUGUCGGGGAGCUUGUAUUCCUCCGCAAUACAGCUAAGCUAAGCGGCCUAGCUAAGUAGCUAACGCUCCAGCUCGCUGGCAGAGUCGCCGGCGUUAUACUUUUAUUUACUUUAUGGUUCCAGCGCAAAAACCUCCACCGACUGCCUUGCAAACGCAUUAUUUAUUCCGGACAGGUAACAUUACUGUCUCCUGUCACGUCCUUCGCACUUUCCACGGAAGAGCUCGCGCGUUAGCCCGGUACCGCUGUGCUAGCAUGUUAGCUAGCUAGCUAACAUGCUAGCUAGCUAACUUUCCAAAGUUGCUGCAAAAAUCCCUCAGUGUGCGUGUGUGCGUGUGUGAUGCACGGCCUGGCAGUACGACUCAUCCACACGCUUAAUUUUUACACCGCCGACGACGACGUCCUUUUUGUUGCCACAUACUGAAUGUUCUUAGCUUUUUAUUAUUGUUUUUUUUUUUUUUUGAACGCGUCGUAUUGGUGUUUUAAUGCUUGGUGCUAGCUAGCUAGCUGGCUAGCGAUGUCUGUCCCGUCCUCAGAAAUGCUCGAGACGCCUCCUGGAUAUCCUUUCGAAGAGAUUGAUUAUGCAGACAUUGAUGUGGAAGAGGUGGUGGGCAGAGGAGCUUUCGGGGUCGUGUGCAAGGCCAAAUGGAAAGGCAAAGACGUUGCAAUCAAGACCAUAGAGAGUGAAUCCGAAAGGACGGCUUUUGUCGUAGAGCUUCGUCAGUUGUCUCGCGUGAAUCACCCCAACAUCGUGAAGUUGUACGGCUCCUGUCAGAAUCCCGUAUGCCUGGUAAUGGAGUACGCAGAAGGGGGCUCUCUGUACAACGUGUUGCACGGCGCCGAGCCACUCCCCCACUACACAGCGUCCCACGCCAUGAGCUGGUGUAUGCAGUGCGCUCAGGGCGUCUCGUAUCUCCACGGCAUGAAACCAAAGGCUCUCAUUCACAGGGACCUCAAGCCACCCAAUCUGCUGCUGGUCGCCGGAGGAACCGUUCUGAAGAUCUGCGACUUCGGGACGGCGUGCGACAUCCAGACGCACAUGACCAACAACAAAGGCAGCGCGGCCUGGAUGGCUCCCGAGGUGUUCGAAGGCAAUAACUACAGCGAGAAGUGUGACGUGUUCAGUUGGGGCAUUAUUCUUUGGGAGGUGAUCACACGCAGGAAGCCCUUUGAUGAGAUCGGAGGACCAGCCUUCCGGAUCAUGUGGGCCGUGCACCGCGGAACUCGUCCUCCCCUCAUUAAGAACCUGCCCAAGCCCAUAGAGAGCCUGAUGACACGCUGCUGGUCCAAAGAUCCCUCGCAGCGGCCUUCCAUGGAGGAGAUUGUCAAAAUCAUGAUGCACCUGAUGAAGUAUUUCCCUGGGUCAGACGAGCCCCUGCAGUACCCAUAUCAAUAUUUGGACGAAGGCCAGAGUAACUCUGCCACCAGCACAGGCUCGUUCCCCAGCAUGAGCAACAGGAACGACGGCAGCAUGGAUCACGGCACGCCGGCUGGCACUAACGACACCAUCAAGACCAUCGAGAAGUUCGCACCGUUCAAACCAAAGGCGGAUCCUCUGAGGCCCGGGCAUUCUCUGUCGAGAGGCGGCAGCGUCGAGAGUCUCUCAGUGCCGGGCAGGACGCACUGCCUGCCCUCAUCCGACAGCAAACGAAUGAGCGCUGACCUCUCUGAGCUCAGACAAGACGACAAGAUGCCCUUCUCUCCAGCGCGGCCGCAGUAUAAACGAGGCCACCGCAAAACGGCGUCGCACGGCACCAUUCUGGACAUUCCAGAGAUCGUCGUCACAGCCACCUGCGACCUUAGACGGAGGUCGGUACAGGAUCUCCCCGCCGCCUUCCCCGGCGAGACAGGACAGGAAAGCAGGAGCAGCAGCAGGUCGUCCAGUCCCAGCGUGAGGAUCGACAAAAACAGAUGCCACAUCUCUCCCGAUGACCCUACAGACUCUAACGGUUCUGAUAACUCCAUUCCCAUGGCUUAUCUGACGCUGGAUCACCAGUUACAGCCACUCGCUCCGUGCCCGAACUCCAAGGAGUCGAUGGCGGUGUUCGAGCAGCACUGUAAGAUGGCGCAGGAGUACCUGAAAGUGCAGACGGAGAUCGCUCUGCUCAUCCAGAGGAAGAACGAGCUGAUAGCCGAGCUCGAUCAGGACGAGAAGGACCAGCAGAACACGUCUCGCCUGGUCCAGGAGCAAAAGAAACUUCUAGAAGAGAACAAGAGCUUGUCCACUUACUUCCAGCAGUGCAAGAAGCAGCUGGAGCUCAUCCGUGCACAGCAACAGAAAAGACAGGGCACGUCGUGAUGCCCCUCCAGAAGAGAAAAAACAAACGCCCCACACACAGACUGGCUCACUUACAUCACGUUUUCUUUUUCUUUUCUAGUUUUUUUUUCCUCUCAGCCCCAGUUAAUCAUGACUUCUUCCUGUAGCAGCCCGUUUCCGACGCCACGGAUUGACUUGGCUAAGACUGUGCACGAGCAUGCUGCCUCCAGACCAGGAUCUAGAGUGUUUGAAACGCCAGCUACAAGUUCUCUUUUAUUCAAAAAUAAAAGAGCAGUGCGCUUGUCUACCACACUAAUGCACCUGUCGGGCCCGACGAGCCAAAGUGUUCAGUUUCGGGGCCUUAGGGAAGGACCCCGUCUGUGUUAAAUCCCAUCGGUUCGCAGGGACGUCUGUGUUCGAAUUUGCCCUUCCUCACCAAUCCCACAAUUCCCCUGGAGGAUCGGCCGACGCCACUUUGCCGGCUGUCCAUCCUUACGAAUGUGAACACAAAGCAGUUUUAAGUUACAUGGAUUCUAAACUGAUUUUAUUGUGUUUAUAUAUAUAUAUAUAUAUAUAUAUAUAUAUAUAUAUAUAUAUAUAUAUAUAUAUAUAUAUCUUAGUUCAUAUCUUAUUUUUAUGUUUAACCUUAUGCAAAAACUAUGUAUCUUUUAUGAUAUUUCUUGCUAAAGGCAUUUUUAACGUUAAGAGGGGGAUGUAUUUUGCGUAUGCCUUGCACGUUGUACCUUGAACCCGGCGCCUGUGACGAAAUAAGGGAGCCUAAAAAAAAGAAAAAAAACAGAUGCAAUAUUUUAAACAGCUUUGUUUUGUUCAUUAGCCGUAAAGCCAGAUUAACCCGGCUCCGCAGUAUAGGCUACGUUAUUGUGAUGCCACGCCAGCUAAUCAAGAUUACUUUGAAGAGUUUUUUUUUUUUUUUUUUUCCCUUUCCUCUUUAUUUAUCAUCCGCUGACGUACGGUGACUUGCACACAGGUGUCGAUGGAGUAGAAGCUGUAGAAUCUCACAGGCUCACUCCUGCCUGAACCCCUUUUUUUUUUUUUUAUUAUUAUUAUUUUUGUUUAUUUUUUUAUUAUUCUUAGUUCACAUGUUGCCUUACAGGUUUAAUCGCUUGCAGUUACUUGUGGCGGACUCGUUAAGUGUAAUUAACAGUAUAACCUAUCGGUGUGCGCGAGUGGAUUUCUUUUUUUCUUUUCUUUUUUUUUUUCUUUUAUGCAAAGAAAUGGAAUCAGGAAGCUAACGUGAGCCGGAUUAUUAUUAUUAUUAUUAUUAUUAUUAUUGUUUUGUUUUUUUUUUUUUUAAAUCUGGUUGAAGGUGUGUAGUCGGUAUGCUGCAGAAAUCACUGACCGUCGUGUCCGUCGCUCGCGAUUCCAUUUCAUUCGGUCGUCAGUCACGUUUCAUCCGCGCGAGAGUUCCCCCUUCGUCGUAUUUUAAGUCAAGAGCAUGUCCAUUCAAAGCAGGUGACAUCUCUCGUCGUCCUUCUGUCUGAAUUUUGGUUUUUUUCUGCACAGUCACCUUGUUCACGAUGACACAAGUUAGCGUUUCACUCACAACGUUUCUGAGCACGGAAAAUAAUUCACAACCGUCAUUCGUCGAAAUUUUUUUUUUUUUCUUUUUCUUUCCCCCCCUUCCACGUGUUCUAUAUAUAUAUUUUUUUCUGUACCUAAUUUUCUUUCUCGAGUUGCAUUUGUAUGACGUGUCUGUACUAUGCGCUGUACAUAAGACGUCUGAUUUCUUAAGCUACGGGGAGCGGGAUUGCACAGAGGAGUAUCGCAUCUUGAAAUAAAACAGACAGGUGGACAUUG